AAUAUUAUAUAUAUAUCUUAUUUUAUAUUCUUCUCAUAAUAAUGUGCAUUAUCAGUGUUCAAAAAAAAUCGAUAGCAGAGUCUCAUGCUCUCUACUCUCAACUGUGUAGUUCAGUAGCUUACUCUAACUAAAAAUCGAUUCCGCCUUUGCUACUUCCAACAGGCCUGUGCAUGUAGAGUUACCUGCAACGUUGAAGAAGUUUACAAGCAAGGAAGCAAUGGAAGUUCCCCAAGUUCUUCACAUGAAUGGGGGAGAAGGAACAAAUAGCUAUUACAGAAACUCAUUAUUUCAGAAGAAAGUGAUUUUGAAAGCCAAGCCUAUAUUAGAUGAGAGCAUAGCAGAGCUGUGUCGCGCAAACUUGCCGAAGUGCCUCACCAUGGUGGAAAUGGGAUGCUCAUCAGGACCUAAUGCACUAUUACCCCUUUGGGAAAUAAUAGAAAGAAUUGAUUCAACUUGUAAUGAGAUGAAAAAGAAACCUCCGAUGUUGCAGGUUUUCUUAAAUGAUCUUCCAGGAACUGAUUUCAACACCAUUUUUAGGUCAUCAGUGCCCAACUUCCAGGAAAAAGUAGUGCAAGAAAAGGGUAACAAGUUUGGGCCGAUUUUCAUAUCUGCAUGUCCUGGCAGUUUCUAUGGAAGGCUAUUUCCACCACAAUCCUUGCACCUUGUUCACUCUUCUUGCAGUGUCCAUUGGUGUUCUCAGGUACCUGAAGGGCUUGUAACUGAAUCGGGAAUUGCAAUGAACAAAGGUAACAUUUGCAUAGCCGAAACAAGUCCCCCGAGUGUUCAUAAAGCAUAUUCGGAUCAAUUCGAAAGGGAUUUCACAACACUUCUAAAGCUACGUUCAGAAGAGAUUGUUCCUGGAGGUCAUAUGAUCUUGACCAUCACAGCAAAGAAUAAUGACAAUCCCUAUUGCAAAUAUGGUUCUGAAUUUUGGCCAUUAAUUGGGAUGACCCUUAAUGAUAUGGUUGAAGAGGGACUAGUUCAAAGAUCAAAGUUGGAUUCAUGGAAUAUUCCAUUAUAUUAUCCAUCUGCAGAGGAAGUAACAGAUCUGAUUCAGAAGGAAAAUUCGUUUACCAUUUCACGAGUGGAAGAGUUCGUGCAGAGUUGGGAUGAUAAUAUUGAGGAUGGUAACAGUAAUUUAGUGUUUGAUAAGUGGGAGAGAGGGAAGCAUGUCGCCAACUAUAUGAGAGCAGCUGCUGAAUCCAUGCUUGUAACUCAAUUUGGAAAUGCCAUUAUUGAUGAUUUAUUCAAUAGAUUAUCCGCCAAGGCAGCAUACUACCUGGAAAAUGGGAUGGGUUUGUUCAAUCAUCUUGUCAUUUCCAUGACUAGAAAAUGAAGACAUUAUGUAUGCUGAGAUUCCGGCCAUUUGCCUAUCAAUAUAUGCUGGGUUCUCCUUUCCAAUUUAACUUUGGAACUUUUUUUUUUUCCUUUUAAAAUUUAGGUUUUCUAUUUUAUCUUCCUUUGAGAAUAAGAAGAGGACAAUAUUUAGGUACUUUAUUUACCAGUAAUAAUAGCUGUAACAGCUCAUUAUGACAUAUUAAAUAAUAAUUUCUUUUGUGGGACA